AUGGCUGUGGCGGACGACCCCGACGACCCGGACCUCACGCGCUGGGUCAAGGCGCCGCGCCCCUGGCUGGCCGCGCCGCCCGACGGGAUGCCCUACAACUGCUGGCGUGACCCCUUCGUCAUUGAGAGGCCGCGCGGCGCAAACAAACGUGUCGGCGGGCGACCAGGCAGCGAAGACACAGGCAGCGGCGGCCGCUGGCGCGUUGUGAUUGGCAGCGGGGUGGACGACGCGCCGCGCGCCGACGGCGGCCCCGGCCCCCGCGCGCGCGGCAUGGCGCUAGCGUAUUCGGCCAGGCGCCUUGCAGACGGCGGAUGGGAGCUGGAGGCGCGACCACUGUGCGAGGCGCGGAGCGGGGAGGUGGACGGGCGCGUGUGGGAGUGCCCGCUCGUCGCGUGGCUGGACCCCUUGCCGCAAGCAGCAGGCGGGGCAGGCGGCAUCACGAACGACCCGGCGGGCGGCAGCUCGGCCGCGGCCGCCAGCAGGGGGGCGCCAGAGGCUGCCGCAGGCACCGGCGCGGGUGCAGGGCGGCAGGGGGGUCCGGGCGCGGGACGGGCGCCCACCCACCUGUUUUCGGCGUCCGUCGGUCGCAGCCCGGCGCUAGGAUGGCUGGGCUGCCUGCGCGAGGGCGGCCCUUUUGAGUUUUGGGAUGACCUCGCCCAUGCCGCCGCCGACGGUGCCACGCGUGGCCGCACCCUGCUGUGGGGAUGGCUCAGCGAGCUGCACAGCCCCCAGGCAGAGGACACCACCACCAGCCCAGCCACUGCGCCCGCCGCCGCCGCCUCUGCAGCCGCCAACCCCGCCGGCGCCGGCCCGCCCCCCUCCCCGGCCGACCACGCCUUCGGUUGCAUCUCCCUGCCGCGCGUGCUGUCGCUGGCGCGCGCGCCGCCGGCGGUGCCGGCGGCGGCUGGCGGCGGCGGGGGGUUGGGGGCGCCGCGCUACUACCUGCACUCGCGGCCACUGCCUGAGCUGGCCCAGCUGCGGCGCGGUAGCGGGUGGCUGGGCGACGGCCUGAGAGUGGAGCCUCGCCAGCCCAGGCACGUGGCAGAGGGCCUGCACCUGACGCACGCCGACGUCACCCUCGCCCUCUGCCCGCGCCCCGGCUGCGCGGCUGCCGGCUUCCUGGCCACCACCCGCGGCCCCGGCCGCACGCCCCCGGCUGCGGCGCCAACGCCGGGGGGCCCGAGCGGGGAGGCGGGGCCUGAGGGUACCGCCGGCGGCGGCGGUGGUUGUGACAGGGGGGUGGUCGGUGAUUUGGAGCUGCAGGGGGUGCUGGUGAUGUGCGCCUUCGAUGAGGGCCGGCUAGGAGCAUUCAUUGGUCCCAUCCGCGAUGUGCGCGCCGUCAUUGCGUCGCAAACACUGCCGCCGCCCGGCGGCGGCAGCGGCGCCGCCGGGGCGCGGGGCCUGCGCGCACUGGGCGGGCAGCUGCCGGGCGCGGUGCCGGGCGCUGCGGCGGAGCUGAGGGUUUUCUUCGACGGCAGUGUCUUGGAGGUGUUCACAGGCUGCGGCUCUGCGCUGGCGACACGGCUGUACACGCGGCAGCUGCCAGGCACGCGGCUGGCAGUUGAAGGUUGCGAAUCCGCGGCGCAUGGCGUCAGCGGCAGCGGGGGGGAGGCGGGCGCGUGCCAGCUGGAGCUUGUGGCGUUUGGGGCCGAGGUGGUGGCGCGGUGCGAGGUUUUUGAGAUGGGGAGCGCGUGGGAGGGCGAGGGGGACUGA